AUGACUAAGUCACUUCAGGGCUCCGGGGACAAUGGCGCUCUGGAGCCUCCACAAAGAGCGAGGCUAAUGCUCCCCUUUCAGCGCGCCCGCUCAGCUGCUGAGUGUGCAAGGCUGCCGGGCAGCUGGGCCGGGGGGGCCGGCCCUAUAAAAACACUGGCGAGGGUCUCUCCCCCGACAUUGAUUAUACUGGAUCUGUCCCACCUCAGUACUGUCUGUAAUUUGAUUGUGAAAAUCUCUGCAUCCUCCAGAGAGUUACCCCCGAAGGGAGAAGACGCAGCCAUGAACACUCAACAGAUGGAGCAGAUGGGCCAGUUCAAGAUCACAGUCUGGGAGGAGGAGAACUUCCAGGGCAAGCGCUGCGAGUUCAUGUUGGAGUGCCAGAACAUCAUGGAGAGGGGCUUCAACAAGAUCCGCUCCAUCAAGGUUGAGAACGGACCUUGGGUGGGCUACGAGUACCCAGAGUUCCAGGGACAGCAGUUCAUCCUGGAGAAGGGAGACUACCCCUGCUACGAGGCCUGGAGCGGAAACAGCAGCUACAGGACCGAGCACCUGCUUUCCUUCAGACCCAUCAAGUGCGCUAACCACAGUGACAGCAAGGUGACCCUGUACGAGUGUGAGGACUUCCAGGGCCGUAAGUUUGAGAUGUGCGACGACUACCCCUCCCUACAGGCCAUGGGCUGGUGCAGCAAGGAAGUGCCUUCCAUCAAAAUCAACUCCGGAGCCUGGGUGGCCUACCAGUUCCCUGGUUACCGUGGCUACCAGUACAUCCUGGAGAGAGACAGACACCAAGGCGAGUACAGAAACUACAACGAGUACAGCACCCAGGCCCACACCAACCAGGUGCAGUCCAUUCGUAGGAUCCAGCACUAAGCCUGCACUGACCCGACCCGGACCCCCCCCGCCACCCAAAAUAAAAAACUCUCCCCGAACCCCUUCCUCCACUCGAACCCUGGACAGACCACUGUCACAGAACAUUAGAGGGACACACCCUUUCUGUCGCUCUGUGGCUCUGCAAGUACGGAUAUCUAAGUACCCACUUCUACUACCAUGCCAAAGCAUGUUCUUGAAAUAGGAAAUAAAGGCUUUUCUUCAAAACUA